AUGCAAUCACCAUAUUCCGUAAGAACUCCACUUAACCAAUCACUCCAUAGACAAACUCCUCCACCAGGAAUACCAAUUGCUAAUACUACAUCACUACAACCACCGCCUCCACCUCCAACACCAAUAUCAGCUACAUCUUCACCAAAUGUACCUAUUUCGCCUGUACAGCAAACAAACAAACCUACUCGACCUGCUGAAGAAGAUGUGGACUCUACACCUCCUCCUAUAUUAAAGCGUCAAAAAAUAGAUAAUGGUGCUUCCAUAGCACCUAUUCUUGUUUCUGAAGAAGAAUGGUUAGCCACUCAUCAGGUAUCUAUUAAUAUACAAGUUCAAUGUCCAACUAUUCCUGAAAAACCAGAAUGGAAUUGUCAAGGUCAAGUUAUCGUUCUUGAGGGGUCACAUAAUACCUCUUUACCAAUGUCAACUCCACUGAUACCAUCUGAAAUAUCAAUUUCUAAUGAUGAUUCACCUGAAGUCUUUGAAGCUCUGGACUUAAAAACCAAGAAUCAAAAUCAAAGUAAAAGCCAGAACGAAUCACACAAGAAAAAGGGAACUGAGAAUAUUGCUCAAGUGAUAGCUGAUGGCAUUCAGGAUGAACUUGCGCACAGCUCCACUGAUAAUAUCCAUUCAGAUUUGAAUCAUGUGACUGAAAUUUCAGUGAUGGGCCAUCAGGAGGAAUCAAAUCACAUGACUGAAAUUUCAACAACAUCCUGUCACCAAAAUCAUGAAACCGAAAUUUUGCCUGAGAACUUACCAGAAGCCAAGGUAAGUAUACCACUUGUAUCUCAUCCCAAAAAGGCUUUAUUGGAAACUGAGGCAUAA